AUGACUGUUGAAGAAAUAUCAACUGACCACUUGAAGCUAAAUGCAGAAACCUCUCGCAUCAAAGGCAUGGAAAUGAAACUAGCCAAUGAGCUGCCGAGAAAGAAACGAGCAACGGACCAAUCACAGCCCGAUUACCCGGAUCCCUGCACCAAUCAGCAGCCGAGGAAGAAACGAGCAACGGGCCAAUCACAGCCCGAUUACCCGGAUUCCCGCACCAAUCAGCAGCCGAGGAAGAAACGAGCAACGGGCCAAUCACAGCCCGAUUACCCGGAUCCCUGCACCAAUCAGCAGCCGAGGAAGAAACGAGCAACGGACCAAUCACAGCCCGAUUACCCGGAUCACCGCACCAAUCAGCAGCCGAGGAAGAGACGAGCAACGGGCCAAUCACAGCCCGAUUACCCGGAUCCCUGCACCAAUCAGCAGCCGAGGAAGAAACGAGCAACGGACCAAUCACAGCCCGAUCGCCCCGAAUCCCCGAGCCAAUUAGCUGGCUGCACGUGUAGAGGUGAAAAAUGGAAAGGGUCAAUCUAG